AUGGAGACGCCCCUGCCUUUUGGAUGGAAGCCUUUCAACAUCGACCGUUAUGAUGGCAUUGCUGACCUAGACGAGCACAUCGAUCUGUACGUCACACAAGUAAACCUAUACACUAACGAGGAUGCUAUUUUGUGUAGGGUGUUUUCGACCUCACUCAAAGGAGAAGCACUCGCCUGGUAUACUUUCAACAUCGACCGUUAUGAUGGCAUUGCUGACCUAGACGAGCACAUCGAUCUGUAUGUCACACAAUACGCAACGAGUCAGCCUCACCACAUCACAUCAGCCACCUUGGCCAGCCUCAGACAGGGCGAAGACAAACCGUUGAGGGCGUUCAUGGAGCGCUUCGCUAGCACCUCGGUCAAGAUCCGCAACUUAAAUCCCGAGGUCGCCCUUCACGCCAUGCUCAUGGCACUCAAGCUAGGACCUUUCGUGGAUAGCUUGUGUCGACGACCUCCCCCAUACAUGGACGAACUCCAUGCCCGAGCUGCAGGGUACAUUCAGAUGGAAGAACACACCGCCUUCCGCGACCAAGUCCAUGGAAAAGCACAGGCAAAGCCAGACCACAGCCACAAAGACAAGAUGAAAGUCACCAACGACAACCAAUUCAAGAAGGCGACUAGGGCAAACAAAGGAGGGAGACACAGUCGCAACAGUGCGGACAAAUCUAAGCAUUCCCAGUACCAUAAAAAUUAUGGUCACACGACCGAGGAGUGCCACACACUCAGAGAUCGCAUAGAGGAACUCGUCCAGGGGGGAACCUCGGACAAUACGUCCAACGGCAACAAAGUCACAGACGAGGCUACCACGGACGAGGAUGAGGACGAGGCUAAGGUUCCGGGACACGUACGGACCAACCCUCCGCUUCUCAGCAAAACACUGACGGUGCGGUGCAGGCCGAGGUAA